AUUCCACCGCAGUGUACAGAUGUGAUCGAUGUUUGGGGAUCAAAAGGCGAUGCCACCAUAAUGUGGAAGCCACCGCCUCAUUUCGGUGAGCCACUCUACUAUCAUGUCCGAUAUGGUAAAUCACAAAUGCAGGGAAUACCACCGUUCGUUUCUUGGAAGAUAGUGUCACGUCGUGAGGUGAAAACAUCCGGCACCACGACUUCGAUGAACGUUAAAAUCGAUGAAGAUGCUGAUUACGGUGUACAAGUUUGUGCUGUUUAUAAUCAGCAACGUAAAAAGCCGAAAUUCGGUCUCGCCCGUGUCACUCCGUUCAUGUGCACUUCGUGCAAAGCAAUACCUGCUAAAUCGCUUGGACAUUGUGGUGAAUGCUCAAAAAUUGAAGGACCAUUGCUGUUCGCUCGACGAUGCCAUCCAAAGGGUGGUAUCAAAUGUACAUCCCCUUCAAGCCUACCAAAUAGCACAGAAUUGGACAGUGCUGCACCACUACAAGAGUUGAAUAUGGCAUCUGCGGACAGCAAUGUUGUAUCUCUUUCGAAUGUUCCACUCCAUAUUGAGCAUUCCGAACGCGAUAAUAUAACGAUUAUUGAAACGGUCGCACCAAUGAUACACCAUUCGAAAAUUGUUUGUGUUUGA